AGCAUUUUAUUGCUUUGGUUAGUUUACGGUCUCCAAAUUUCAAGAUUUCACCAGACAAUAGCUGCGGAAACAUGGCAACAAGCAGCAGAGAAAGUCGGCGCCGGAAAAUCCUCGAAAGAGGAUCCGAUCGUUUGGCUUUUAUUACGGGUCAUCUUCAAAAUCUCUCUCCUCCUCCUCACUCUGAAAACCAAAUCGACGCCAACCCUCCGCCGCCGCCGCCGUUGGUCCCCCUCGCUCAAGAUCCGCCACCCGACUUCCCAGGUCAAAACGCCGUUUCUCCUGAUGUCCAUGAUGAAGCCUCAACUUCUGUGCUUCUAAAAAAUAAUCCUAGUUCUGAUUCUAAUCACAGUCAGCCCAGCGCUUAUAAUGGUGGAAUUGGUGAAGGAUCAACAUCCCACAGACGAGAUAGAAGCAUCGGACCUUCAAAUGAUUCUGCGUUGAAUACAAGUGGUCAAACAAAUUCACUGCCGGUUUUAUCAGAUGACCAAGUUUCAUUGAUUUCCACGUCAAGGACAGUACAUCAUUCAGAAACACCAACUCGAAAACAUAAUUUUUUCACACCUAAGCAAGUAAGUUCUGCAAUUGAUGCAUCUGAGCAAGCACGCCUUUUUUGUUCAGUGAUUGUGGCUGUUUUAGUUGUUUUGGUACGCUUGGGGUUUCCUCAUCUAGGAACCAGAUUCUUAGGGAACAUUAUCAGCUUCAGGCCACUCUACCUCAUUCUGUUGACCAACGUAACACUCGUGAUGGGGCGACUUCUUCUCGGGGAUCACGUAAGUUCACGAAAAGUCAUUCCAGAAGAGAACAAACCCUCCUCUGCCGCCGACAAUAAUUGGGCCGAGCAAUUAAGCAAGACAUUGGAGGUAGGAUUGGUGGCAAAGAAGGCGAUUGAUGCGUUGUUCAUGGAUUGUAGUGUAUAUCUCAUAAUUGUCAUAUGUGGCCUCUCAUUCACAUGACAAUUCAGCAAAGCAUAUUUCUUUCGAUUAGUGUCUUUAUGUGUUGGGGAUUAUAUUGUAUCCUUUUGGCCAUAGUAUUAUCUUUGGUGUACUUGUCAGUUUAUACUUUUGUAUUUCAAUGCCAUCUUAAAUGAAGUUUUGGGUUGUAUUUCCUUUGUUUAA